AUGAGGAACAGAAAGACAAACUGUGUGCAUGCAACGUUGAAACCUAGUUUGCUCCAGAUACAUAAACGAACACAUAGUGGUGAGAAACCCUAUGAAUGUAAUCAGUGUGGAAAAGGCUUUUCAAGACUUGGUCAUCUUCAAACACAUAAAAGAACACAUACUGGAGAGAAACCCUAUGAAUGUAACCAGUGUGGUAAAACAUUUGCAUAUCACUGUUAUAUUCAAAUACAUAAAAGAACGCAUACUGGAGAGAAACCCUAUGAAUGCAAUCAGUGCGGUAAAGAUUUUGCCUAUCACAGUAAUCUUCAAAUACAUAAAAGAACACAUACUGGAGAGAAACCUUAUGAAUGUAAUCAGUGUUGUAAAGCCUUUGCACACAACAGUGCUCUCCAAAUACAUAAAAGAACACAUAGUAGGGAGAAACCUUAUGAAUGUAAUCAGUGCGGUAAAGCCUUUGCACAAAAGAGUAGUCUCCAAAAUCACAAAAGAACACAUACUGGAGAGAAACCCUAUGAAUGCGUUCAGUGUGGUAAAGCCUUUGGAUGUCAUCGGAGUCUCCAAAUACAUAAAAGAACACAUACUGGAGAGAAACCCUAUGAAUGUGAUCGCUGUGGUAAUGCUUUUGCAUAUCAUAGUUAUCUUCAAAUACACAAAAGAACACAUACUGGAGAGAAACCUUACAAAUGUAAUCAAUGUGAUAAAGCCUUUGCACAUCACAGUACUCUCCAAAUACAUAAAAGAACACAUAGUAGAGAGAAACCUUACAAAUGUAAUCUAUGUGGUAAAGACUUUGCAGAUCACAGCAGUCUCCAAAAACAUAAAAGGAAACAUACUGGAGAGAAACCCUAUAAAUGUAAUCAAUGCGAUAAAGCCUUUGCAUAUAGCAGUAGUCUCCAAAAACAUAAAGGAACACAUACUGGAGAGAAACGCUAUGAAUGCAAUCAAAGUGGUAAAGCCUUUGGAUAUCAGCAUAAUCUUCAAAUGCAUAAAAGAACACAUACUGGAGAGAAACCCUACGAAUGUAACCUAUGUGGUAAAGCCUUUGCAUAUCACAGUGAUCUUCUAAUACAUAAAAGAAUACACACUGGAGAGAAGCCUUAUGCAUGUGUUCAUUGUGGUAAAGCCUUUGCACGUCACAGUCAUCUUCAAAUUCAUAAAAGAGCACAUACUGGAGAGAAACCCUAUGAGUGUAAUCAAUGUGGUAAAGCCUUUUCACAACACAGUAAUCUCCAGAAACAUAAAAGAACACACACUGGAGAGAAACCUUACAAAUGUAAUCAGUGUGAUAAAGCUUUGCAUGUGUCAGCAGUCUUCGAAUCCAUGAGAAAAAAAGUAUACUGCAGAGAAACCCUUUAA